CUCUGAUUUAGAAAACGUCCACCACGAAAAGCUCAAAAAGGCCCAUCGAAUUCCUUCCCUCACUGUAACGCUUCUCCUCUUCUGCUCUUUGUUUUCAUCUAUUUCUCUCAGAUUUUCCCAUCCCAUCAAAAUUUUCAUCUCAGAUCCCCAAUCUUCCAUCUGGAUCUUCUUUAAAUCACCCAAAUCUUCCUCAUUAUUCAAUCAUUCUUCCAAAGAAUUCCACCAAAAAAACAGAGGGGAAUACCAAGAACCCAGAAAAAAAAUCAUGUCUACCGGUGGAUCUUUGAGUGAUGGUGUGAUAAAAAAGAUUGUUUUAUCCUACACUUAUGUUGCAAUUUGGAUCUUUCUAAGUUUUACUGUGAUUGUUUACAAUAAAUUCAUUUUAGAUAGAAAAAUGUACAAUUGGCCUUACCCAAUUUCUCUAACCAUGAUUCACAUGUCGUUUUGUUCAUCUUUAGCCUUUCUUCUUGUCAAAGUUUUGAAAUUGGUUGAAUCAGUUACAAUGUCAAGAGAAGUUUAUUUCUCUAGUGUUGUACCAAUUGGUGCGCUUUAUGCUUGUUCUCUUUGGCUUUCUAAUUCGGCUUAUAUCUAUCUUUCUGUGUCUUUCAUUCAAAUGUUGAAAGCUUUAAUGCCAGUUGCUGUUUAUUCAAUUGGGGUUUUGUUGAAAAAAGAGAAUUUUAAAGGUGUUAUAAUGGGGAAUAUGAUUGCCAUUUCUGUUGGGGUUGCAAUUGCUGCAUAUGGUGAAGCUAAGUUUGAUACAUGGGGUGUUUUUCUUCAAUUGGGUGCUGUUGCAUUUGAAGCAACAAGAUUGGUUUUGAUCCAGAUCUUAUUGACAUCAAAGGGUAUAAAUUUUAACCCAAUUACAUCUCUUUAUUAUGUUGCACCUUGUUGUUUGGUGUUCCUUUCAAUCCCUUGGAUCUUAGUUGAAUACCCACUUUUAAGAGAUUCAUCAAGUUUCCAUCUUGAUUGGUUUAUUUUUGGGACAAAUUCUGUUUGUGCUUUUGCAUUGAAUCUUGCUGUGUUUUUGCUUGUGGGAAAGACCUCUGCUUUGACAAUGAAUGUUGCUGGGGUUGUUAAAGAUUGGCUUCUAAUUGCAUUCUCUUGGUCUGUGAUUAAAGAUACUGUUACUCCUAUCAAUUUAUUUGGUUAUGGUUUGGCAUUUUUGGGUGUUGCAUACUACAACCAUUACAAGUUGCAGGCUCUUAAGGCUAAGGAUGCUCAAAAGAAGGCCAGUCAGGCUGAUGAUGAGCAAGGUAGGUUGCUUGAAGAAAGAAAUGGUGAUGGAAGAAGGAGUGAUACUCAAUCUUGAAUCGAUUUCAUUGAUUCGUUUACGAAGAGCUCAGUUUUAGGCAGUUCAUGAGUGUUGAGCUUAAAGGGUUGAGUUGGAUGAUUUUUGGAGAGCAUUUUAUGUUUUAGGCAGUAGUAGUAUUAUUAUAUGUAUAAUGCUAUUCCCUUGACUGGAUAUGCUAUGUAGUUGUUGUUAGAUUUACUUAUGAUAGGCUUACUGAAAGGAAAUGGAGGGCUGGAGGCAUAGUUGCUAGAUUAUUAGUUGAUAAAGAGCCAUUUGUACGAGCCCUCCUGCGCCAUUCUUAUCUUUUUUGUUACUUUUGUUUUGUUCAAGUACUCUUGUUAUUGUUUGAGGGAGUCUAUUAUUUAUCUAUUCUAUU